GACAUUCAAGAUUGCGGGAGCCCGAGCGUUGCUGCGGAGACGCAGGCGCGGACUCGCCUCCUUUUACAGCGAGUGGCGGAAGAUGGCGGCGGCUCAGGCGGUGGAGGAGAUGCGGACUCGCGUGGUUCUCGGAGAGUUUGGGGUUCGCAAUGUCCACACCACGGACUUUCCCGGUAACUACGCCGGUUAUGAUGAUGCCUGGGACCAGAACCGCUUCGAGAAGAAUUUCCGUGUGGACGUGGUGCAAAUGGAUGAAGACACGCUGGAGUUCGACAUGGUGGGGAUUGAUGCUGCCAUCGCCAAUGCUUUCCGGAGAAUCCUGUUAGCUGAGGUGCCGACAAUGGCCGUGGAGAAGGUCUUGGUGUAUAACAACACGUCCAUAGUCCAGGAUGAGAUCCUUGCUCACCGCCUGGGGCUCAUCCCCAUCCUCGCUGAUCCUCGUCUCUUUGAAUAUCGGAACCAAGGAGAGGAGGAAGGAACAGAGAUAGACACGCUGCAGUUCCGGCUGCAGGUCAGGUGUACCAGGAACCCCAAUGCUGCCAAGGAUUCCUCAGACCCCAAUGAACUCUAUGUCAACCAUAAAGUCUACACCAGGCAUAUGACAUGGGUCCCCUUGGGAAAUCAGGCUGAUGUCUUCCCAGAGGGCACAAUCCGUCCAGUGCACGACGACAUCCUCAUCGCUCAGCUUCGGCCUGGCCAGGAAAUUGACUUGAUGAUGCAUUGCGUCAAGGGCAUUGGCAAAGACCAUGCCAAGUUCUCACCAGUGGCCACAGCCAGCUACAGACUGCUACCGGCCAUCACUCUGCUUGAGCCUGUGGAAGGAGAAGCGGCUGAGGAGCUGAGCCAGUGUUUCUCCCCUGGCGUGAUUGAGGUGGAGGAAGUACAAGGUAAAAAGGUGGCCAGGGUGGCCAAUGCUCGGCUGGAUACCUUCAGCAGGGAAAUCUUCCGGCAUGAGAAACUCAAGAAGGCUGUGCGGCUUGCCCGGGUUCGGGACCAUUAUAUCUUUUCUGUGGAGUCUACUGGAGUUUUGCCACCAGAUGUGUUGGUGAGUGAAGCCAUCAAGAUCCUGAUGGGGAAGUGCCGGCGGUUCUUGGAUGAACUGGAUGCAGUUGAGAUGGACUGAAGCUUACACACAUACCUGGGAGGGCGUGGCUGCUCUUGGAUCUUUUGCACUGCUGUGCUGUUACUAGAGGUCCCUUUCCAGUCUCAUUUCCAGUCAAUACAUUUUAUUAAAUGUGCCACAGACACCUUUGCCUUUGUAAGGCCGUUGUUGUAAAUAAAUUGCUCUUGGCAAGUUCUUUUCAG